CCCGUCGGUCUGUCUGUAAUCUUCCCCGCAGGAAGGAAUGGCUGGCCAGGCAGUCAGGUCGAACCGAGGCCACAGACCUGUGGGUCACAGGUGCUAGACCCCUCCCUUCUCCCGCCCAGUCACAGGUAAUUGUCCAAGCAGGAAGCAAAGGCUGGCCACGCUGGCCCAGCAGCAGAGAGAACCGGCGGGUGCAGGCUCGGCAGCCGCGCGGUGGAGGCUUCGGUGGGUGGGUUCUGUGCUCGAGGAGUUUCCGCGCCAGCCCGAGCGCAAAGCUCUUGGGAAGCAUAUCAAGUCUAAAGUGAACAGCUCACUCUCCGGCAGCACUGGAACCAUGAGCAAUAAUGGAACAGACUUAACCACUGGUUUUGUCUCCUCUUCUGUGGCCGUCCUUUUGUUUGGCUCAAACUUUGUGCCACUUAAAAAAUAUGAGACUGGUGAUGGAAUGUUUCUCCAGUGGGUACUUUGUGCUGCUGUAUGGUUGGUUGCCCUGGUGGUCAAUCUGAUAUUACAUUGCCCUAAAUUUUGGCCUUUUGCAAUGGUUGGUGGCUGUAUUUGGGCAACAGGGAACAUUGCUGUUGUCCCAAUUAUCAAAACCAUUGGUUUAGGCCUUGGAAUAUUAAUCUGGGGAUCUUUUAAUUCCUUAACUGGCUGGGCAAGUUCAAGGUUUGGCUGGUUUGGAAUGGAUGCAGAAGAAGUAUCAAAACCGGUGCUAAAUUACAUUGGAGCUGGAUUAUCGGUAGUAAGUGCUUUCAUAUUUUUGUUCAUCAGAAGUGAAAUACCAAGUAACACGAGUUCUGUGGACACCACGCCGUUAAUGACAGAGCAUGCGAUCAACAAAAUUCAAGAUCCCUGUCGUGAUUAUUCCUGGGUGGAUAAACUCUCCACAGUGCAACAGCGCAUAGUGGGCUGCUGUCUUGCAGUGAUAUCUGGAAUACUCUACGGGUCAACGUUUGUGCCAAUCAUUUAUAUCAAGGACCACAGCAAAAGAAAUGGCAGUAUAUAUGCAGGGGCAAGCCAGUAUGAUUUAGACUAUGUUUUUGCACACUUCAGCGGCAUCUUUCUUACAAGCACAGUCUACUUUCUCGCCUACUGUAUAGCCAUGAAAAAUAACCCUAAGCUAUAUCCUGAAGCAGUGUUGCCAGGUUUCCUGUCAGGAGCUCUUUGGGCCAUAGCUACGUGCUGUUGGUUCGUAGCUAACCACUCUCUCAGUGCUGUGGUCAGUUUUCCAAUAAUCACUGCUGGUCCAGGAUUUAUAGCUGCAAUGUGGGGUGUCUUCAAGUUUAAGGAAAUACAGGGUCUACAAAACUACCUAUUGAUGAUUUUUGCAUUUUGCAUCAUCUUGACUGGAGCAUUAUGUACAGCUUUCUCUAAAAUCUAACAAUCAUGAGGCCAGCAGAUGGCAGCAGUGGGUAAAAGAACGCUGAUACAGGACUGGGUGACUAUGCCAAGGACAGAGUGCGUUUUCACACAGCAAAUGGAUUUCAACCUUUCUUGGACUGGGUAAAUGAGUUUUUUUCCACACAUGUCAAAAUAAAGAAAAACUAAGUUUCAGCCAAGUACAAAAAUGAACUAUUUAUGAGGUAGGACUUUCCUGGGUGACUAAUAUGUCUGUAUUCUUAGAGUAUUACAGCCGAGAGGGUUCCUUUUACCACAGGAGGUACUCAGUGUUGCACAAGCUACAAAACAGUGUGGAGUUCAUACACCCAAAGAAUUUUGGUUUUGCCCAAGUUUCCAACAUAUUACCCUCAUUGAUGAAGAGAGGCAGAAAAAUGUUGGGGAGAGAAUUGGGAGAAGACCUACCUUAUAAUGGAAUUCCAAAGAUAUCUAGAUCCUUUGCUAGAAAAAGUAAAUGUCAUCGUUGGUAACUGAAUGUUAAAAAGGCCAUUUUAUUAUUUUUAGCCCAAGCUUAUUUUUACAUCAAAUUAAUAUUGCCCAACUCUGCAUCACCCACUCAUCUUAGCUCAAAACGCUCUUGAUCAUCUCCAGAUAAAAUCCAUCCUCAGAGAACAAAAAUUUCCCACCAUUGAGAAUGAAUGUAUAAUACCUAUUCAAACAUGUACAAGUGCACAUACAUAAAUACACACACACACACAUAUAUGUAUGUAUGUAGAGGGAAUUCUACAGCUGCUGUAAUGAGGGUCUAGCUGAUCAGAGUGAGAAUUUAGAGGGACCAAACACCUCUUUGUAUGUAUAAUGUAUUAUAUUUUUCUGACAUACUUCUCUAAAAUCCUCUUUAAACUGGAGGCUUUCUUCCUGUUUUAACUGGUGGUUUCCAUUGGGUAAAAGGAAGUAACAGACAUGUUACUUCUAUAUAUAUUUAUAUAUGUGUGCACAUAUGUAUAUGUAUGUACAUGUACACACACACACACAUAUUAAGAAGAGACAGCAGAGCACUGUCUAAGCGUGUACACUCUGGAGCUCACCCAGACGGGUUUAAAUCUCACCUGUGCUUCGUCUUAGUUGUAUGACUUUGUACAAGUCCUUGAGCUUCCUGUCUCAGAUUUCUCAUCUAUAAAAUGGAAAUCGUGAUAAUGAUGGUUAUUUCAAGGUUCAAAUUAAUUAAAAUCUGCGCCAUGUGUUCCUGAGUGUCUGGCACUUAGCAAACAUUAUGUAACUCUUAGCUAUUAUUAUCAUGUACUCUUUGAGAAAGAGAUUAUUGAAUUAGAGAAUAUUUUAUAAGAGCUAUUGCCCUCACGACCAGCCCGUCCAAACAGCUACUUACUCCUCUCUGUGAGUGUGAUUUUUAAAAUGAUACUGGAGUCUUUAUCUCAUUAUUGAACUAUCUUAUUGUCACACCUUACCAAAACUCAUUUUAACUUUAACUUUAACCUGAAAUGCCGUUAAUCAUAUUGACAUCUUGAAAUACAUUAACAUUUUUCUUAUUUAAAUAUAUUUUCAAAUUUCGUA